GAUCUGCAUUUUAGGCUAGAAGUGCAAAAUGCCAGCCCAGAAGAAACCAUCAAACAGCAAGCGGCCCAAAUUCACAAUCUUCCGAGCAACUUGUUAAGGACAAGUUUAGCUGCUGUCCUUACAACAGAACUGGAAACUACAUCUUCAAAAUGUCUACACCUGGAUGCAAAAAAUCAAAUUCUUCAACAAGAGUUAUUAUCAAUGAAAGCUUUCGAAGAAGAACGUGAAAAACUAGAGAGCAAUAACAAGAAGUUACAACGAGAAGUAGUAAAAUUGAAACAAUUUAUGGAAAUGAAUAUGGUAGAACGCAGUCAAGUGGAACAGUAUAAACGGGAGAUUGAAGAAAGAGCACGACUGGACAUAGUACAAAAAUUACACGAAGUCAACCUGUUUUUACAGGCACAAGCAGCAGCUCAAGAAAACUUGGACCAGUUAAGAGAAAAUGCUCAUGCUUCAACGAGAAGUCAAAUGGAACUUAGAAUUAAAGAUCUGGAAUCUCAGGUCUCUACAAUGAAGACGUCUCAAGAUUCUACUAAAACAGAGUUGGAAACCUACAGGCAACUCUACCUAGAAGAAUUAAAAGUUAGAAAGUCCUUGAGAAAUGAGCUGAACACGACUAAUGAGAGACUGUCAGAGAGCAAUACAAAACUUCUUGAGGAGAGACAGCAGCAUCAAACUUCACUCAGGACUCUUACUAUGAGCCUAGGCCUGGAAACACCUUAUUGUGGACAUUUUGAAAAUAAUUCAGUGCUCAAUGGAAACCUUACUCCAGGAAGAAACUUAGUGAUUCCUACCUUAAACCCACGGCCGUCAUAUGCCUACUGGGAGACUUCCUUGUGGAAGAUGCAGUGGGAGUUGGAGAAAGGAGUAACCAGAGCACUAGAAGAAGCUGCUACCAAAUUUGAACGAGGAUCCUGUAGAACUCCUUUAGUAUCUACUGAUGAUUCAAUUCUAAAUCCAGAUCCAGUAUGGAAAGCAUCACGAGAAUAUGUACAGAUUUUGAACAAAAGAUAUCUGAUUUGAAAAAUAAAUAGACAAAAUUCACUGGGUGCUUACAAAACAUUUUCAUUGUUUCCCAAUUGAACACACUAUAUGGAAAAAUCUUGAUUAAAGGAUAAUGUUUUUGUGUCAUAUGUGUGUAAUGAAAAUCUGUAUAAUAUUUUAAACUAUGUUUCUUGGCAUCUCAUUAACUUUUAAGCACAUUUUGUACGUGGAAACCAGCACUAGAGGGUUUGACAUACAUCAGAC